UUGAUUUCUGGUCCCAGCGUGAGACAUCUAUGGCCAGACUUGCAAGUGAGCUGACCCCCCACAUCUUCAGAUGUCAGUGGGAGCUGUGAGCGCUGGAAAUCCGGCUCAGGGGUCUCAUGUCGGUCAACGCAGAGGCCAGGCACCUAAAGGCAGAGGCCAGGUGCAAAUAGAGGGUUUGGUGCUGUGUGUGUGAGGAUGGGCAUAGAUAGCAUUCAUGCCUGGGACUGUGAAAUCCUUCCCUUCCUGUAUCCCCAGAGGGACUCCCUGGUAAGGAGGGAGAGCUGCUGCGAUCUCAGCUGAGCAUUGCCUGGAGAGGGAUGGCUGUGGUGACCCUGCACAGGCGUUCACGGGUGUAGAACCCAAGGAGGGAGAAGGGAUGAUUGUUCCAGCUGGCGGUUGGGGGUAGGACUUAGGCCUCUCUGGCUGACUCCUCAGUCCCUACCAGGGGGAGCAGUGUAGUGUAGAGAUGAGGGGCAGGAUUAAAGAAAAACAUGUGCCAUGGCCACCCUUGUGCUCCCACAGUCGCAAUGAGCAGAGGUGAGUUAGGGGCCCGAAUGUUGCUGUUGAGGAAUGGGAUGAGAGGCAGGAAGGUGAGGCGUAGCCUGCGGGCUAGCCUAGCUGUGUUAGCCAUGGGUAGACAGCUAGGGAAAGAGGAGGAGCACAGGGCCAGCCCCAUGGAAAUCCAUGCUGUUGAGGGAGUGGGAAGACCACUAGGGGUCUGUGCUGUAAGGAGAGGGGCCGUGUUCCUCUUAAAUGGGUUGAGCAGCUGUGCAUGUCUGGCUGUCAGAGCUAUUCGGCUGCACCAUCAUCUCCCUGGGGAUGUUCUGGGAACCUGCUUGCUGGGGGCGCUUGCACAAAGCCCAGGGAGCCGAUUGCAGGGGACUCUUCUGCCUGCUCCUCCCGCCCCCCCAGUACUGGAUUAGAUGGGCCCUAACUAGUCUCUGCUUCUCUGCUGAGAGGAGCUGGAUGGCGGAGCCUCGGUUUAACAACCCCUACUUCUGGCCACCCCCUCCCACCAUGCCCAGCCAGGUAAGACCCCCUCCCUAUCCUGCAGCAAGAGAAGCGAGGAGGGGCAGCUGUUUGCAGUCGUGGGUGAGGUCCGGCUGCAGAGCAGCGCGAUCCCAGCUGGACAACUUGGUUCUGAUCAAUAAAAUCAAGGAGCAGCUGAUGGCAGAGAAGAUCCGGCCCCCUCACCUGCCCCCCACCUCGGUCUCCUCCCAGCAGCCCCUGCUGGUGCCCCCCCCGCCUGCAGAGAGCAGCCAGUCCAUCAUGUCCCUCCCCAAACUGCAGCAGGUCCCAGGGCUCCACCCACAGGCCGUCCCCCAGCCUGAUGUGGCCCUGCAUGCCCGGCCGGCCACCAGCACGGUCACAGGUCUGGGGCUGGCCUCCCGUGCCACUGCAGUCAGCACCUCGGAAUCCAGCACUGGCACUAGCACCCCCUCCACCCCCACCUCCACCAGUCAGAGCAGACUCAUCGCCUCCUCGCCCACCCUCAUCUCAGGGAUCACCAGCCCCCCGCUCCUGGACUCCAUCAAGACAAUCCAGGGCCACAGCCUGCUGGGGGCACCCAAGUCAGAGCGAGGGCGGAAGAAGAUCAAGGCGGAGAACCCAUCGGGGCCGCCCGUCCUCGUAGUGCCCUACCCCAUCCUGGCCUCAGGCGAGACAGCUAAAGAGGGCAAAACCUACAGGUGUAAAGUCUGCCCCCUGACCUUCUUCACCAAGUCGGAGAUGCAGAUCCACUCCAAGUCGCACACAGAAGCCAAACCCCACAAGUGCCCGCACUGCUCCAAAUCCUUCGCCAACGCCUCCUACUUGGCGCAGCACCUGCGCAUCCACCUGGGCGUGAAGCCGUAUCACUGCUCUUACUGUGAGAAAUCUUUCCGCCAGCUCUCCCAUCUCCAGCAGCACACCAGAAUUCACACUGGUGACAGACCCUACAAGUGCCCACACCCUGGCUGUGAAAAGGCUUUCACACAGCUCUCCAACCUCCAGUCACACCAGCGACAGCACAACAAGGAUAAGCCCUACAAGUGUCCGAACUGCUACAGGGCGUACUCGGACUCGGCAUCGCUGCAGAUCCACCUCUCUGCACACGCCAUCAAACAUGCCAAGGCCUACUGCUGCAGCAUGUGUGGGAGGGCCUACACCUCGGAGACGUAUUUGAUGAAGCACAUGUCCAAACACACCGUGGUGGAACACCUAGUGAGCCAGCACUCGCCUCAAAGGACGGAGUCACCCGGCAUCCCAGUGCGGAUCUCGCUCAUCUAAUUUGGGGCUUCCUCGCCCACCCCUACCCUGCGCAGCUCUUCUCCCCCCAAUUCCAGAUCACCAGGGGCCACGGGGUGGCUUGGAGACGAUCACACAGACCACCCCUGCAGCACCGCCACCGAGUGCCCGCGCCUGCCAAGCCACGGGGAGCGACUGCGAUGACACUCAUCUUUUGGGAGAAAUUAAUGAAUGAAUUAAUGUUUGGAAAACACCCCUCGGCCCUGGCCCUGCCCCCAGCACCCUGCUGGGAGAGCCAGGGACUCGUCCACAGUUUUGGUGACAUCCAAAGACUAUUUCAGAGCACUUUGAAUCUCCGUGUUUGGUUUCUUCAUUUUCUUUCUUUUUUUCCCUUCUUUCUUCCCCCGCCCUUAUUCUCCGUGCUCCUUUCUGCUCUCUUUUGGAUACAAGUAGAGAUAUAUAUAUAUAUAUAUAUAUAUUGGCCAAGAAGUUGGUGCUGCUAAAACCGAAAACCCGAACUGGACAGAGAAGUGCUGGAUGGCGUGGCGGGCAGGAUCCAGGGCCUGGCAUUCGGGAUUCUACAGCCUCAGGAUGAGACUCUGGGACGUGACCAGCCUGGCGCUUGGUAUCUGCUGCCCCUCCUGGACUCUCCGUUGGGAGCCAACGUGAGAGGGGAAUGGGUUAACCUGUUGGCUGGAGAGGUGAGAUCUGGUGGCGUGGGGGAAGGCGCUCGAGCAGCAGCCGCAGAAGGGAGACCUUUGUUCCACAGACGUGGCUGUUCCCUGCUGGGGCUUGUCCCUCUGCUGCUUUGUCUAACCUCGUUGGGACGUUUUGGUUGUUUUCUUUGGUUUGUUUCAUUUGUCCUGGUUCGAGCUGCACAGGACUGGCUGGCCCCGCGGCCACGCUGUGGUCCGUGCGCAUUUCACCCGCGCUCCCCUGGCAGCGUGAGGAAUCGCUGCUGGGGCUUGCCCGGCUGGGGUAAGUGUGGGGGCUGCCGGAGGAGGUGCUCAGCCUACGACAGGGACACAGCCGGGGCUGGCCAAGUUCAUCGAGGGCAGGGCUGGCCAUGCCUGUGCGGAAUCCAGAGAUGUAGCCCAUGGAGACUACAGAUCCCAGCAUGCCAUGCUCUAGUUUGAGCUAAGCAGUAUCCCACCAGAUCAGGAAAGUGCAUUGCCUGCUGGGAGCUGUAGUCUGUAGGAUUGGGACAGCGAGCUCUGGUAUAGUCUCAGCUGUGGGCUCCCCUUUCCAGACCCCAGCUCUGCUAGGCCAGCCAUGGUGGAUGGGAGUGGAGGGGCACUUUGGCCAUGGUGCUGAGGAUCGGGGGGGGGGGGCAUGAUGUUUCACAGCAGGAGUUUGGGAGCCUCAGCUGCCCACAGUCCGCUGCCUCCCCCCACACCCCGAGUCCACCUGGUGCUAACGGGAUUGUCCUGAGCUAUGAAGGGGCCUUUGCUAAGGAAGAGGAGUGUGAGAGAGGGGGAGGGGGGCACUCACCGCAGGUUAUGCUCUUUGGCGUGGAUUAUUUUUCAAUCUCUCUUCCCCACUGUGGGCAUCUAGCGCUGCUGUUCUGGAAGCCCGGGCAUCACAGCAGCCCAGGCUAUCAGGGUUUCCAGAGUGGCAGCAGCCAGGGGCAAGGGAGCAGCCUGGGGUCUCCUCUCUCUCUGUUACCUCCUGGAUCCUGUGUUUGCUUAUCAAAGGGCUGGGCCCCAGGCAGAGUGUUGCGUGUGGGAGAGGGGAGUCCGUCCCAUGGGAAAGCUCCCUCCAGACCAUCUCUACCAGGAAUGUCUUCACCCUCUGCGCCAUGGAGUACAACGGGCCCUGCCCCCGGCUCUGCCCCUCCCUCCAGGUUCCCAGCAGGGCACUGGCAAGCGCUUCCUGCACUGUCACAAGAUUCACACAGAAACCGCGUGCGGUCCCUGAACCCUGCAGUGAGGCUACCGCUGGCCCAGUCCCUGGGGCUUUGGAGCAGUCAGUUGCGGUGUGAGAAUUUCCCUGUCUCCUGCUGUGUCUGUGCCGGAUGGUAAUGAAGCCACCUGCAGAACACCUGUUCUUUGGCACCGUAACACCUGGAACAUCUGCUAGCUGGGCACAGCUCCCGUUAGCCCUAUGCACACUUGUGACUGGCUCCAUUUCUGCCCCAGCUGUAACCCCGCCCAUGCACAGAGCACCUGUCAGUUGUUCUGAACUUGGCUGACCCUACCUGGGCUCAGCCAGGACCCUGGUUUGCGCUGUAGCUUGUGCUCUGAAACAGGGCCGGUUAGAGUCGGGUCACUUGCACACCGGGCUGUAUUGAGCACAGUGGGGAGAUCAGCAGGAGAGUGCAGGGGAAAGCCUGCGUUGCCCCCACUCCCUGCUGCUGGCAUCGGAGGUGAGCUGUGAGCCGUGACGUUAGCAGCGCUUGGAUCUGAAAUUCUGGUUCACUGAGGUCUGAUUCUGCUGCCAUGAUGAAGCUCUCCCAGAAGUUAGUGGGGCAGGACGAGUCUGUGAGCCCCCCAGCUCCUGGGAUGCAGGGAACAAACCAGCUCCCUCCUGAGCAAACUAAAACGCUGAAGGGGAAGAGGAAAGCUGGCGUGCCCGGGGCUGUGCCCAGGAGCAGGGACUGGCAGUGCCUCAGGGGUUGGUUACUCUGUCCUGGGACCGUGUGGCUGGUCAGAUGGGCACUGGGAGAAACGCAGAGUGGAGCGGCAUUCCUUCCCCACUUCCCCAGCACCCCCUGGGAAUCAGCCCCCCAGCAGUGCAGUCCCACGGCAGGGAACCUUGGAGCAGAGUUAGGAGGGAGAAGUCCAGCAACGAGACACGAGGCCCUUCCCUUCCCUGGGGUCACCCCACUGGGUACAGUAGUGGUACCACAGGUGUGGAUCCCACUGCCCUCCACGUGAUUCCCUCAGGUCACCUGGGGCAGCAGUUUGAUCUCUGGCCUUUGGGAGACUGAGCUGAUUUGGGAGCUGCAGAGCCUGCUCUCAGGCCAGAUGGACUGGAGGGGGAUUCCGCCAGCCGAGGGUGCUGUGGAUCUGCCUCUCUGCACUGCAGAAUCCCACUUACCAGUCACUGAGAAGCAAAUGCAGCAGGAAGAAUGAUUUGCAAUGUGUAAACACCUCCAGUGCAGCAGCUUUGGAGGGGCCUGGCCCAGCCAGAGUCAACAGCAGCAGCAGGCCCUGCAGGGAACAAAUACACUAGAGCAGGAGCUCAGAGCUAACAGGAUAGGGGCUAGGUAGGAGCUGGGACUGAUGGAGAGCUCACCACUGCCCCAGCUGGAAGCACUGGCUGGCUGCUCACACACUAACCCAGCUUCUCCCAGCAGGAGGCGCUGUGCAUUGCUGGAGAGAACAUCCUCCCAAGCAGGAGGGGAUACAGCCACCUGUGGCCACUGAAGCCUUUCACUGCCCGAACAGAAACCCUCCCAACCAUGAGAGAUUUAUAAAAGCAGAGCGGAUCCAUCCCAUCCCUCACCCUCCCAGCAGCAAAUCAUAGAUCCCUUCCUGUUGGGUGAAACCAAUUCAAUGUAGUGUUAAGAAAGCAGCAGGCAGAUGGGCUUGUCCUCCUCCUUUUGGGAAGUCAGGCCCAUGCCUGCAUGCGGCUGGAUGGAGGGAUACGUGGAGUUUUAUAUAUAUACACACACAUACACGUGUGUGUGUGUGUGUGUGUAUAUAUACACACGUACACACACACGUCUACAUAUAGAGAGGGAAGAAUGCCCCACGUGCCCCAGCCCUCCAAGAAAGACUAGACAAAAACUCAUAUAUUAUGUGCUCCCUGGUUCCGUUUUGGAUAUUAACUGUUAUUUUUAUACACUUUUUAAGCCUUAACUAUAUCAUUGUUUUACCAGGUUGUUUGUUUAUUGCCUACUCUGUUUAUUAAUUUGAUUCUCUUUUUACCCUGCCCUCUGCCCUGACCUUUGUUUCUGAAUUGAUGUUGUACGAUAUUCAAUAUUGUAACCUUUUUGUCAGCAUGUUAAUACUGUGUAAAUAUGCCUCUUAUACAUACUGUUAACACAUCUUUUUUUUUUCUUUUUUUUUUUCUAUAUGAAAAUCCAGGCCACGUGUCUCUAGAUCUAGUUAUUACCUUAUUAAAAAAAGAAAAGGAUUCUCCCUC